CCAUCUCCCAGCCCCGGUCGUAUCUCUCGUGAGUCGUCGCUCGCUUCCCACAUUAUGAUCCUCCCUCCACCUCCUGCAUCAUGACCCCCCGUCUGAUUUCUGCAUCGCGACCAUUUGGGAGUGGGUCUCGCUAGCACCAUCGAUCUGCAUCGUCUUGGGAAUCGUCGGCGACAAAUUCUCGUAAACCGACGGCUUUGGAACUUGGGGGCUGGGCCUGAAUCUACCGCGCAACUAAUCUACUGUGGCCGAAGCAUUCUCUCCAGGACGCCUUCGAUGUCAUCGCCAUGACUGACUCUCACGCUCUUCGGACGCCAGCGGUCAGCAGGCGGUUAGCCGGGUCACUAGGCAUCGAAAAACCCCCCGACUAACACUUCGGUUGUGGCGGCCGUCUUCUUGAAAGAAUCUCUGCAUGAACAAACACACAAACACGGCGUGCGAGCUGCGGCCCUGCAGUUCGGUUUCGGCCGACGCUGCACUGAUCUUGUCGGUCUGAAUCCUGCUUGUCAUACCUUGCCUUGGCUGAGCAUGGAAGCUGAGUCUUUCAGGGUCCAGUCAGACUACCGAACCAUGAUACCUUUCUUUUUUUACCGCCCCCCGCGUUGGGCAAACUGUUCGCCGGUCGAGUCGCCUAGGCGUCGACCACUUCACAACCUUCUGUGCCUCCGGUCCAUCCCUCCCGUCCGCUCCACUGCUGUGGCUCCGGCACAUGCAAACGACGGUCGAGUUGCCAAGUCCUGCGCACCGCCGCACGCCGCCGUCGCCGCCGCCGCUGAUGAGUAUGUACUUACUUGGUGUACACUCGACACCAUCUUCCUGGAUGGCAAGGCGCUGUUCUUCAUUGCUUCUUUCGGCCUCCUGCAACGGCUGGCCUGCCGCCUACUUUGUUCAUUCUCCGGCAACCGAGGCGGGUCUCCCACGCGGGCUGGCGAUUCCCUACGUACGAACGUCUGGGUGUACUCUGUAUGCUCUUAGAGUACAGAGUACACGCAACCUCACCACAUGCCAUCCGGCCCCGCUUGCGGAGCGUACCAUGAACAUGGCCUUAUUGGUAUGUGGUCCCGAUCUGCCAGAGUCGGCCAGUGGCCGGUACCAGCACAAGCACCACAUCCAGGACCAGAACCGGGUGCAGUCUGCAGACCCAGACCCGAACAUGGACCCAGGCAGACCCUCAUCUCAGGGCGGCCCCUACUAGCAAGCCCAUUUCUGGAGUCAGCCCGUUGCGACUCUGUCCCUGGCCCCGGCCCCUUGAUGUGGAAAGGCGUCCGUUGUGGAUGGCUUCUUGCUUUAAGCCGAGCUGGCACCACCACCUACACUACCUAGACCACCAAUACGGCUCCUCCCCCAAGCGCGAUUCGCCAAGGGUCCUUACACAGACCUUGUCCGGCAGAAUGAGAGGAUCGCAACAGCGACGACGUUGCCCCAUUCAAACGAAGAACCGAAUGUUGCAAUUUGAGUAGGCUCCUCCAAAUACGUUUAGUCUCUCUGCGCCAGUUCCCAGCCUCGGGGGGCGUGUAGCCAUUGACAGGACCACGCAUGUAUGUACUCUGUACAGAGUCCUCGUCUCCAUCUGCUCGCUCAUGAGCUCCGAGGGUCCAGCGGCCCAGGUUCGAGCUCGUCGGUCGGUCGAUCACGCCGCCUCAAAGGGACGCGGACAUCCAUUGACGUUUGCCCGUUUUUGCAUAUUAGUCUCGGUACCCCUCCUCUGCCAUCCCGAUUUCUCUAUUUUUUUUUCCGGUGCGUCUUUCUCGAUCCUCUACAACUUACCCUCUUCAUCCUUUGAUCUUUAUCUCGACCGCCCAUUCAACCGGUGGCUCAUCUUCUUCAUACCCCCUUAGCAAGGCUUCAACCAGAACGCCACUCUUGAAGAGUCGAUGACGAACAUUGUGGCUUGAAACCCACCGUGGAGUAAGCUUCUCAGAAAAUCACAAGGGAAAAAAUCGGCAUUUGGAGAAAUCACGUACCCAGCGAAGGAAAAAAAAAAGGAAAAAAUACCCCGCGCGCUUUCGCACCCGCCUUCAGCUUUCACACCGGGCAACAUCUCAUUUGAACCGUCUCAAGAAGUCGAGGAAUAAAGCACCCGCUCUUCCCUCUCAGUUGCUUUGGCAUUGGCAUCUCAUUUGCUCGAUCCGCUCGUCAAACUAAUAUCCCCGCCAUCCACUGCAGCUCGCACACUCUUACAACCCACCAUAUAAUUACCCCCACCAACCACUACCAUCACCACCAUCAUUAUGUCUCCUCACUGCGACUCGCCGACCAACGGCUCCGAUGCCGGCAGCGGCUUCUCAGAGUUCAACGGCAACGGCUUCACCAACGGCAACGGCAACGGUACUAUCUACCAGAACGGUAACGGUGUCAACGGCCACAACGCUGGCGGUUCCCACAUCCAAAAGUCGCAGUACCUGCAGCCAUGCGACCACAGCGAGAUCCACGACCUCAUCUGCGUCGGCUUCGGCCCCGCCAGCUUGUCUGUGGCCGUCGCCAUGCAUGACUACCAGGAGGCCGGACGCCAGCUUGCCCCCGGCCAGUCGGCGCCCAAGGUGCUCUUCCUCGAGAAGCAGCCGCAGUUUGCGUGGCACCCGGGCAUGCUUCUCUCGGGCGCCCGCAUGCAGAUUUCCUUCAUCAAGGACAUGGCCUCGCUGCGCAACCCGCGCUCCCAGUUCACCUUCCUCAAUUACCUCCACUGCAACAACCGCCUCGUCGACUUCACCAACCUGGACACUUUCCUGCCCGCCCGUGUCGAGUACGAGGACUACCUGCGCUGGUGCUCCCGUCACUUCGACGACGUCGUCGCGUACGGUCGCGAGGUCGUCUCCGUCUCCCCCGACCCCCAAACCGCCGGAAGUGUCAAGACCUGGACUGUGAAGUCUCGGGACGUCAAGACUGGCCAGGUCAGCUCGUACCAGACUCGCAACGUCCUCAUCGCCAACGGCGGCCAGCCUCGCCUGCCCAAGGUGCUUCCCGCCAAGCACCCCAAGAUCAUCCACUCGUCUCAGUACGCCCAGCUGGCCCCUCAAAUUCUCAACGACAACUCGAGACCCUACCGCGUCGCUGUCAUCGGUGCCGGCCAGUCCGCCGCCGAGAUUUUCCGUGACGUCCAGCGCGCUUACCCCAACGCCAAGACGUGGAUGGUGAUGCGCUCCGAGUUCCUCAAGCCCGCCGACGACUCGCCCUUUGUCAAUUCCAUCUUCAACCCCUCGUACGUCGACGAGCUCUACCCCAAGUCGCAGAGCUACCGCCGCGCCCUCAUCAAGGAGGCAAAGGCGACCAACUACGGCGUGGUGAGACUGCAGCUCAUCGAGGCUCUGUACGAGAUGCUAUACCACCAGAAGCGCACACUCGGCACCGACGAGCGCAAGUGGCCGCACCGCAUGCUCUUCGGCCGCGACAUCACCCAAGUCACCGAGAGCAAGGAGACGGACCGCCUCCAGAUCCAUGUCCGCCGCCUCGAGAACGCGUGCGACAGCCUCGACGACGGCUUUGUCAGCCAACUUCCCGGCGAUGAGGUUCUCGACGUCGACCUCAUCGUCGCCGCCACGGGCUACCAGCGCAACGCCCACAUCGACAUGCUCCGCGACAGCUGGAACCUGCUACCCGAGGUGUCGCCCGCCGGCAACGCUGGCGAGCGCGAGCUCGUUGACGGCUGGGAGAUCUGCGGCCCCGACGCGACCUCUGGAUCGAGAAAGCUUGAGGUCGGCCGCGACUACCGUGUGCGUUACGCCCCCGGUGCUGUGGCACCCGGGGCUGGUGUUUACCUGCAGGGAUGCUGCGAAGCGACCCACGGAUUGAGCGAUACCCUUUUGUCUAUUCUUGCUGUUCGAUCGGGCGAGAUUCUCGACUCCAUCUUCCCUGCGACCCCGAGGACAAAGACCGUCUCCAACUAGAUCUUUUUGCUUCUUUUGGACUUUCAUUGUUAGAGGAAAGAAAACCUUGACGCGACGAAUCGUGUCGUGUUUGCGUAGGUGAGAGAGAAAGAGGCGGAUAGAAAGGAGAUUUCAUUGGUUAUGUCCAAUCAUGGGAAUUCGGAGGGGUGAUGAUGCACUGACGAAACAUCUCUUUAUGUUGGCGGGUACUUUUCGAGAUUCUUGCGAAUUUUUUCGGAUUGAAAAAGACAUGGCGCGGAGUUAUAUUUUGUGUGUAUUGGUUUCGAAUGGGAAAAACAGUUUUUCAAUCGUUCACAAGGUCUAGAUCCUGGAUUGUUCACACCUCUAGUCUCGCGCUCUUGCGACAACGCCUUUUGGGGCUCUCGCGUGGUCGUCAUGGUCGCAACCC